CAACUCCGGCGAGCUUCCACACCGGGUACCCACCCUCCCGUCUUGGUUCUCUUGCAAUGGCUGCUUUCAGGCUGCUCUUCUUGCUUGGACUGUGCUUGUGUCUCUCUUCUCUGGUCUCCUCUAAGUCCGCAGACUUCAUGGCCUUGACCCUUGUGUGGCCGGGAGCGCAGUGCACCGGCGACAUCUUGAGGAUAUGCUGCAAGCCGUCCUCAGGGAUGCCGGCGCGGGACUUCCAAGUGCAAGCCAUGGAGACCUACGACAGCAAUGGCAAGCUCGUCAAGAAGUGCAGCAUCUGCGCCUUCUCCGCUGACAGACUCAGCGACCUCCUCCCGACGCUGCACGACUACUGGAGCGACGUGAGCUGCCCCAGCAACGACGGGGUCAACCAGUGGCAGAACGCCUGGUGCACCUACGGCACCUGCUCCAGCCUCACCCAGGUGAACUACUUCACCCGCGCGCUUGAGCUCCGGGCCGAGGUGGACCUCCUCUCCCUCUUCAGCUCCUACGGAAUCGUGCCGACGAAGAGCAAGCUCUACGGCUUGGAGACCAUCAAGGGCGUGCUGGCGUCCCACUUCGGGGCCUCCACCUGGGUGGAGUGCAACAUCAACAAGCUGUGGUUUUUGGAGUCGCAGCUCUACAAGAUUCACAUCUGUGUCGCCGCCGACGGCAGCUCCAUCAUCGACUGUCCUGUCACCAAGAGGAGCAACUGCGGCGACACGGUCAGGUUCGUGCCCUUCCCCUGGACAAGCGCCGCGGCCGGCGAAGGCAAACUCGAGUCCGGCCCUUCCGGGAAGGCCAUGGUCCUGUGAUCGAUCAACACAUACCAUGAAUCCGGUGAUGCCUCCAAGUAGAAUAAAUAAACGAUCCCUCAAAAAUCUCUGAAUACCGAAUUUGAGGCUUCGUCUUGUACUACUGCUUCUUAGCUCAUGUCACACAUGAUGACCAGUAGCAUAUGCUUUCCCCUCCUCA